UAGUGUUGUUGCUUACAGUAGCAUGUUUCUCAUUCAAAGGAAUUGAAUGUGUUUGGAAUUGACGAUUUUUCAUACUAAAAAGAUGUCCCCUUGGGCCAAAGGUGUCCUCUUAACAAAGGUUGACUGCAGUGUUAACAUAAACUUAGGGGAUCGUAAUCGGCACCCAUCAGGCUCUUAAAGUUAACUCAAUUGAUGUGACGAUUAUCAAAAGUGUCACUCUGAGUUUGCAGCUUUUGCAAUGGAUACAGAAAAUAAACUGUUUUUGGCAAUCUACCAGAUUCCUCAGUCUGUUGUUGGUUGGCUUCCUGCAAAUCCAGAAAUUGACAUGACGUUAAACUAUUAUACGAGCUAUGUAUCCGAGGCCGGCCUCUGGACCUCAGUAGCCUCUGAUUACCACGCAGGAAAUGUUACUUUCCAUGAUAAAGAAACUCACGCAAUUUUAUUAAGUGAUGCUUUUGGACCUCCUGUUGGCUCUGCUCAUCCCAUUGAAAGUGGAACCUCUGGUAGAGUUGAGGCUAUAGCAGUUGACUGGCUGUCUCAAAAUGUGUACUGGGUGGAUGAGGGUUACAACUGGAUCAAAAUGACGAAUUAUUAUAGAGGACACGAAGCUACGAUUGUUGAUACGGGCCUCGAAAGGCCGUCGGGAAUAGCUUGCCAUCCUAUAAAAGGGUACUUAUUUUGGACCGAAAUGGGGAAUAAGUAUCCCCCUAAAAUUGAGAGAUCAUCAAUGUCAGGCGCAAAUCGAACAACUAUUGUUACAGCUGGGCUGAGCGAGCCAAAGUCUAUAGCAGUUGGUAUCACUACUGACAGGAUUUACUGGACUGGCAACAGUGGAGCUGACAAUAAAAUCGAAUCCUCCGAUCUUAAUGGUGAUAACAGGCGAACGGAAGUGUCAGAACCAACAUCUGACAGUGUAUUUGACAGUAUUUCUGUAGAUGAAGUUUACAUAUUUGUGAGUGUUAUUAGCCCUACGUUAAAACAUAUUAUUCGCUACUACAACAAGUCCACGCCAAGUAGUAUAGUGUUCCAACAUACCUUUAGUGACGACAUUUGUGUACAUGAUAUAUGCGUCACCGGUCCCAACAUUCAACCAAUGCUAACCACGUUACCGUGCGAUUUACAUACAUGUAGCCACCUUUGUGCAUCGGCUGCCGACGGAAAACACGAAUGUAUAUGUGGUGAUAACUAUGUUUUAUAUCCAAACGGAACAUGCAGUAUUGAUUUAAACUUCUGGUAUCCAUCCCGUUGCAUAAUAGGUAGCACGGACGCGAUAUCAUUGUUUUCCCCAACUCUAAUUCAUAGUUAUUCGGAUAAUAAGCAGCAAUAUAUUCGUGCCAUUACAUCUACAGAAAUAAUUACAGCUUUGGCAGUUGACGUACGCAGAAAUUUGUUGUUUUUCGCUGAAAAUACUACAAAAUCAAUAUAUGUUAUGAGAAUUGAAGCUGGCCAAGAAAAGAGAAGACUUUAUACUUAUACCGGCGGUCGGGUAGAUGGUAUGGCUGUUGACUGGAUUUCGCUUAAAGUAUACUGGGUUGAUUAUCUUCAAAAUUUUCUAAUGAUUUCAUCCUAUGACGGAACAUCUCAAAAAGCAAUGUGUUUUAACCUCAUUAGGCCAAGAGCUGUAGCAGUAGACCCAAAUGCAAGAUUGAUAUUUUGGACUGAGCAGACGUCACCGACGACAAAGGUUGUGAGCUGUAGUCUAGGAGAUGGUGGUAAUCGACGUGAUAUUUUAAACACUCAACUACUAAAUCCAUCAGGGAUCGCUCUUGAUCACGGCAAUAGAAGGAUUUAUAUUGUUGGUGAAGAUAGUGCACGUAUAUUUAGUAUUGACUAUGAUGGUAUCGAAAAGGUUAACGCUAUUGGCUUUAGUACUUAUCCUGCUAAAGACAUCACUAUUUUUCAGGAUUUCAUAAUAUUAGUUGGAUCGUACGGGCAACAGUCAGGAUUCAUCGAAGCAAUACACAAGGUUUCUGAUAGUCGUGAAGGUCGUAUAAAUGUUAAUAAUACAGUCUAUGCCAUUGACACCUUUGAUGAGUCCGCUCAACCUAUAGCUACAAAGACUGCAACACCAACAAUGACCACUACGUCACAUUUGAACUCAACAAGCCAUGCGCAAACCACAGGAAGUAAGUUUACUCUUAUCGUCAGUGGUGCUUUCGGGGCUCUUGCUUUAAGUAUUGUCGUCUUGGUCGUCAUCAUUAUCUUGCUGGGUAAAAAGCAAAAGAGGAGGCUACAACAAUCUAGAGAUACACAUGGCCUUACCAACAACGACAACCCGAGACAAUUACUUCAAGUCAGUAGGCAGGGCGAUCACAUCUAUGAUGUACCUAAUAUUGACGAAGAACCACCGAAAUACGAAUCGUCUAUUGGGGCUUAUGGAGUAAAUCAUCCGAUCGGAGGAGGCCCAUACAUUGUCACUAAGCUUGACCAUCGAUUUAACACUCCUAAUACUGUUGCUUUUUACUCAAAAUCCGAACCAGUGCCUCACGUCGUCCUCGGUACUCCGUACGUGCGAAAUGACUACCUUUGUCCACAGUACACUCCUGAAGACCCGAACGAAUAUCCUGAGUUACGUGAGAGCAGGGACGUCUCCAGAGGGGGAGCCGUGGGAGCAGCGGCUCCUCACCUUUGUACACAGUGUUAAAAUUUUAAAGCUUAUUCUUGAGCCAAUACAAAUUCUUUCCUGGGAUCACUUAAAAUGAAUACUU